AUGCAUACCAGCAUCAUCACACCAUUGAUGGACAUCCGCGUCCGGACAUCUGAAUGGGAUCGGCCAAACAACCGUCCACCGAAUGAGGGUAUCUGCGAUGGGAUCUUUUCGUUCGCCAACUCAUUUCGCCGAGCUGGUCCCGAUCGCCGAUGUGAAUCGCCGGACAUGACCGCUACUCUUCCUGAGUUUGGGCUGUCGGCUUCAAAGGAACGGGACGUGGUCGAGACCCAGACCGGCGGGAAACUUUUCUCGCACAGUUUUGCCAACAUUUCCGUACUCGGUGAGAACUGCUGCUACGACGUUGUCAUGCACCUUCGGAGGGAGAUCGAACAGUCGGACGAGUUCCACUUCGACCCGGAAAAUGGCCUAACGUUCGACCGCUGGUUUUCGAAGUACGAGGAUCUGUUCCGGCAAGAUGGCAGAAGUUUGGACGACGCUGCGAAGGUAAAGCUCCUGCUGCGCAGUCUCAGCGUCCCGGUGCACGAAAAGUUCCUGAACUACCUCCUGCCAUCCCACCCACGUAAUUUCACCUGCGACGUUGUGGCAAAGCUGAAGCAGAUUUUCGGCCAACAGAAAUCUCUGUUCAGGAAGCGCUACGACUGCCUCAAGCUCGAGAAGAAAGCUCACCGUCGACCAGUUCAAGAGUUCAUCUGCGGUCUCAAAUCGACGAAGGACGCCGACGUCAGGACUCGACUUCUGUCCAAGCUCGAGUCCGAUCAAGCUGACACCAUCAACCUGGAAGGCCUGGUCACCGAGUGCCAACGCCUGUCGAACCUCAAGCACGACACGGCGCUGGUGGAGAAGAAACCGACAUCUUCAGCGGUGCAGGCAGUACGACACUCAAGAAAGCAGCCGUCCUACCAGCAGAAGUCGUCAGCCGACGGUAAGACACCCCCAUCCCCUUGCUGGCAGUGCGGUGCGAUGCAUUUCGUGAAGGACUGCCAGUUUUCCAAGCACACCUCGAAACACGGCGAGAAGAAAACUGGUGCGAAGAAGAAGCCAUUCAACACGAAGGUCAUCCAAACCGUACAGCAGGUUCGUAGCCGCCGGAGGUUCGUCACCGUCAUCUUCAACCAAAAAUCAGCCAAACUGCAAUUGGAUUGCGGUUCCGACAUCACCGUCAUCAGCCACCGAACAUGGAAAAUGAUUGGAGCACCUCCAUCAUCACCAACCAGCGUGGAAGCAUCAACGGCAUCAGGGGAACCACUAGAGUUGAUCGGCGAAUUCACUUGCCCGAUAACCGUCGGGGACACCACGUUGGCAACGGUCUGCUACAUCACAUCGGUUGCAGAUCUGAACGUCAUGGACUGGCACUUCCUCACGCUAUACCCGGAAGUUUUUCAGGACAGUCUGGGUCACUGCACGAAAACCAAGAUUUCGUUGGCAUUGAAACAACACGCCCAACCAGUUUUUCGACCGAAGCGGCCUGUUCCGUUUCACGCUAUCCAAAAAGUGGACGAAGAGCUGGAUCGACUCCAACGGUCGGACAUCAUCACACCUGUGGAUUUUUCCGACUGGGCGGCACCUAUCGUCGUAGUCAAGAAACCCGGCGGCAAGGUGCGGCAACAACUAUUCUCUUCCAACGCCGGAGGAGAUCUUCAGCAAAGUGUCUGGCAGUCGAAUCUUCAGCAUCAUCGACCUGUCAUACGCAUACCUGCAGGUGGAGGUCGACGACGAGUCCAAAAAUUGCUGACCAUCAACACCCACCAAGGCUUAUUCCGGUUCAAUCGUUUGGCACCAGGUGUCAAAUCAGCCCCCGGCGCGUUCCAGCAGCUGAUGGCGAAGAUGGUAGCCGGUCUACGCGGCGUAGAAGUUUUCCUCGACGACAUUCUGGUGCACAGCAAGACGCUCGAGGAACACAACCGAAUCCUGCACAUGUUCUUCCGGAGCCUGCGUGAAUAUGGUUUUCACCUGCGAGUGGAAAAAUGCCGGUUCUAUCAAGAUCAGCUCAAACACCUCGGACUAGGGCAGUUCAGACUAUAA